AAGCAAAGCAUGUUUCCACGUAAACGCCGUUAGAAGCGGUCUAUCAUCUAAAUUCUAAUCCAAUUUCUUGCUUCGCCAGUCACACUCCUUUUCAUUUACAGCGCUUUAUUGUCCCCCUCUUUUUUUCCUCUCCUCUUUCUUCUUCUUCUUUUUCCCCCUUUCUCUUUCGUUAGGGUUUUGACUCUUCCAAAAUUUCAAUUUGUAAUCAUCAUCAUCACCACCACCCAGUUCCUGUUUCACAGAAUCUUCAUUUGCCCGCAAACGACGUCGUUACAAGAUGAUGCCCCCGGGUCUCGUUUCGAACCUGCAAGAAGUGCUUCUCAACAGAAAAGGGGUGCAAGAACAAGAACCAGAACAAGAACAUGGUCACGACAAUUCUGAACCCACUACUUCCACCGACGAGCCUGUUGAAUUUGAUCCCUCCAAGCCUAUUGUGUUGGUCACCAAUAGCGAUGGGGUUGAAUCACCUGGCCUCACACACCUCGUUGAAGCUCUUGUUAAUCAAGGCCUCUACAAUGUCCAUGUCUGCGUUCCUCAAUCGGACAAAUCGGUUUCGGGACACUCUGUGACCCUCAGAGAAACUGUGGAAGCCAGUUCUGCCAAAAUUAGUGGUGCCAUGGCCUUUGAGAUUUCAGGAACUCCUGUGGAUUGUGUUUCACUAGCAUUAUCUGGGGCAUUGUUUUCGUGGUCAAAGCCUAUGCUGGUUAUUAGUGGCAUUAACCGGGGAUCAAGCUGUGGUCAUCACAUGUUCUACUCAGGUGUUGUUGCUGGAGCUAGGGAGGCAUUAUUAAGUGGUGUACCGUCAUUAUCAAUAUCAUUAAACUGGAAGAAGGAUGAAAGUCAAGAAACCGAUUUUAAGGAUGCAGUAGCAGUCUGUUUACCGUUAAUAAAUGCAGCUAUCAGGGAUGUUGAAAAGGGAACAUUUCCCAAAAGUUGCUUUCUGAAUGUAGAAAUUCCCACAUCACCAUCGAGUAACAAGGGCUACAAAUUGACCAAGCAAAGUAUGUGGAGAUCCACCCCAAACUGGCUAGCUGUUUCAACUAGCCGCUAUCCAGCUGGUCAUUUCUUGGCCAAUCAACCAGGCGGCCUUGGUCUUCAGUUUGCACAGCUUGGCCGAGAUGCCUCUGCUGCUGGUGCAGCUCGUCGAUUGGCUACACAGAAAAAGAAUUUGGAGAUUAUUGAAUCAAUUGGAGCUGCAGGAAAAACUGAUUCCAACAGGGUGAAGAAGUACUUCCGACUAGAGUUUUUGGAGAAGGAGCAAGAAGAUAAAGAUGAGGAUUUGGAUUACAGAGCACUUGAAAGUGGUUAUGUUGCAGUGACUCCGCUUCCUCUUUCUUCUGAUACUGAGGCCGAUAUUCAAAUGGAAGCUUCUGAUUGGAUUUCUGCUGUGCUUGCUGAUGGACAAUAAACUAAAAGUUGAGCAUGAUUGUGUGUACAUCUGAGGUUUAUGAUCAUUCUUUCUUCUUUUUUCUUCCUUAAGCAAAGAUGGAGCAGAAGCGGUAGUCACACCAAUUCAAUAGUUGAUUUGAAUUUGUACUUUUUCCCGUUUCGUUUUACAUUUUUUCUUUUGUUUCCUUCUUCAUUGUUUCAGUUCCUUUGGUCACUUAGUUAUUCCUGAUUUGAAGCAAAAGCUUCCUGUAAUUUCUCGGGCAUAUUUUAGAAAAAUGCCAUUUCGUCUGUCUGUAAUAUCUAUUACUAGCAAAACACUGGAUCAGUUGUAAUUUUCCACUUAUUUCUUCGUUUGAAGAUAGUUAAACUU